UUAAGCCCAUCACAGGAAACCAAACCAAAACCCUUCCUCUCUCUCCCAAAACCUCCCCUUCUAUUUUCCACUCCCCAAAAUGUUGAGGUACGUGGCGAAAUCCGCCUCCGCCAAGCAGCUUCUCCGCCGGAGCUACUCUACCGAGUCUGUCCCCAACCGGAAAGUCGCCGUCUUGGGCGCUGCCGGAGGGAUUGGGCAGCCUCUUGCUCUUCUCAUGAAGCUCAACCCCCUCGUUUCCAGACUCGCUCUCUACGAUAUCGCCAACACCCCUGGCGUUGCCGCCGAUGUCAGCCAUAUCAACACCAGAUCUGAGGUUGCUGGGUACGUGGGUGAAGAACAGUUGGGGCAAGCUUUGGAAGGAUCUGAUGUUGUCAUCAUUCCAGCUGGUGUGCCAAGGAAGCCUGGCAUGACCCGUGAUGAUCUUUUCAACAUCAAUGCUGGGAUUGUCAAGAACCUCUGUACUGCAAUUGCUAAAUACUGCCCCAAUGCACUGGUUAAUAUGAUAAGCAACCCUGUCAACUCAACAGUCCCAAUUGCAGCUGAGGUUUUCAAGAAGGCAGGGACUUAUGAUGAGAGGAAAUUGUUUGGUGUAACUACACUUGAUGUUGUUAGAGCCAAGACUUUCUACGCUGGCAAGGCUAAAGUACCUGUUGCAG